CGUGCUCUUUGCGUCUAUAAAAACUGUUCACAUCGCUUACUGCGGCAGAAUCAGAAACGAGGAAGAUUCUCCGGUAGUCAGUAAACCACUUUUCUGUCGUCAAACGGAUCAAGCUUUUUGUGAGACUUGGAUCGGUCACAAAAAGCGGGAUUCGCUUUUCGCAUAGGAAUUGGCCUGUUAAGGAGCCAGUUUAUAUAUAUAUAGAACGUUUGAAAAUUGUGAGUAAAGGUAGUGACUUUUUUGAUUUUGUGUAGCGGACGAUACUGUGACCGGUUGGUCUAUGCACUUCUUUAUCAUCGUUUUAAAUAGAAUCCUGUCAGUGAUGAAAGUCGUCAUGGACUUUCAGUUCUCGGUGAAAUUAUAAUAAAGCUUAACCUUUGUAUUUCGUUAUUGAAUUUUUUAAGCUUUACAUACUAGAAUUAAUCAAUGAAUUUUAUAACAAUCAUGGCCGCCAGCCGGUUUUCCUACCGUUUUAUACUGCAUAGAUCUUGUGUUCCUCAUUAACUACUUUACUAAAAUAUUUAUAGGAUUUUAUUAUUGAAUAUAUUAUGGAUUCACAUGCUGUAGAAAUGGAAGAAAUUCAUCAACCACAACAAGUUGGGCCUAAUAUGAUGCCCAAUGUAGGUGGGGUUCCUAACCAUUCAAAUAAUGUUAAUCGGCGUAACAGAGUUCGAUCAUCAUUACAUAGUUUGAUGAUAGGAAAACGUCCAAUAAGUGAGGCUGCUCAAUUGGAGAUGAAAUCAUUGUCUAACAAAACACCAGUUUCUAUUCUUCAGGAAUUGCUUUCUCGUAGGGGCACAACACCAAAGUAUGAGUUAAUACAAGUAGAGGGUGCUAUCCAUGAGCCUAUUUUUCGUUACCGUGUUACUGUUGCUGAUGUUGUUGAUCCAAUUGUUUCAGCAAUGGGGACAGGAAAAUCAAAGAAAGAAGCAAAACAUGCUGCUGCAAGGGCUGUAUUGGAUAAAUUAUGUAGAUUAAAUAGUGAAUCACCAGAUUCUCCACUUCCAAAUAGUAUACCAGAUUCUGAGAAUUUGCAAGAAUUAUCUGGAUAUGGAGAAGAAAAAAUAAUUACAAAUCCAAUUGGAGCAUUACAAGAAAUGUGUAUGUCACGUCAUUGGCCUCCACCAAAAUAUACAAUAGAAAAUGAAGAGGGUUUGCCACAUGAAAGACAAUUCACAAUUGUCUGUUCUGUUUUAAAAUAUCGAGAAGUUGGUCAAGGAAAAAGUAAAAAAGUUGCAAAAAGACAUGCAGCUCAUAAAAUGUGGCAAGCUUUACAUUAUAUGACUACAGAAAAUCCUAAUAUAGAUGAAGAUGAGGUUUUACAAAGAAAUGCAAAUGUGAGUGCCCGUUAUGCUGAUUUGAAAGGUAGCAAAAUUUCAACACUGACUACUAUUCAUAGCCUUAAGGUUUCACAAUUUCAUAAAAGUUUGAAGUCAUCCACUGGUGUUAAACUUUUUGAAUUACAGAAUACAUGUUUAAAUGAUGGCGAUGUAAAUUUAGUACAGUUUUUGCAAGAAAUUGCUUCAGAGCAGCAAUUUGAAGUAACUUAUGUUGAUAUUGAAGAAAAGUCUAUCAGUGGUAAAUGCCAGUGCCUUGUGCAGCUGUCUACUCUGCCAGUGGCAGUUUGCUAUGGUUGUGGUGUUACUAGUAAAGAUGCUCAAGCUAGUGCUGCUCAAAACGCUUUGGAAUAUCUCAAAAUCAUGACCAAAAAGUGAGCCAGCGCUUUGCUCCUGCCAGCUGUCACUAUUAAAUGUAAAUCUCAUAAUAAUUUGCUGUCCAAAAACCAAAAUAACAAUACAGAUUCAAAAAUGUUAUCAAACAAUCAAGUAUCAGAUAAAGGUAAAAGCAAUCAAAAACUUGAUCACAUGGGGAACAAAAGUAGAUUAUCAAAACCAUCUAUCAGAGCAGUAAAUACUACGAUGGGGAAUAAAGAUACUACAUUAAGUACAAUCACUACAUCAACAUCAACUGUUACAGUUUCUUCAAAUAGGAUGAAUUCAUCUAUAAAAAAGAACAGUGGAAAUAACGAGAAUUUAAAAUCUAAUGAACAACUAACAAAGAAUACGUCACUUGUAACCACAAAUCAAUCUAAUUCUACUUUCAAUACUAUAAGAGGUGUUAAUACAACUUGUGUUGGUAGUAAUGUUUCUCAUGAGAGUACAUCUAAAUCAAAAGAUUAUUCUAUAAAAAAAUUUUCCAAUGAAAUUGAUUCAAAAAUGAAAAAUUAUCAAAUACAAUCAGAAUACAAAGAAUCACCUGUAAGCAAUCAAGAUUAUAAGACAAGGAAUAGUGCGAAUAUAAACAAUUUAUCAUCGAGAUUUGUAAAUCAAUCUGUUCAAGCGUUACAUAGAGACAACCAUGGAACUUCUUCCAAUACACAUCAAUCUCGACCAGCAUCACGGAAUGAUAACACUGCGUUUGCCAUAGCUAGAAAAGCAUUGGAGCAACAAAAUUCGACAUCGAAGACGACACCGAUUAAUUUUCCACCUUUACGUGCUCCACAGAGUAUCGUCAAUGUUCAUCAUCCUUUUGUCACAGAAGCAAGAACUAAACAUAAUGAUAUCGAUGGUCCAAAUUCUAAAUCAAAAUUGAAUAUGGUGAGUUCUUUGCAAAGUGGUGUGAAAGAUCUCGAUCACAAUAGACAAACCUUUCAUAGCUAUGGCACAUCUCAGAUCGCUGGUAUUCCCAAUGUUCAAAAUUUAAGUAAUGUUACGGCGAAUAUAUCACCUUAUCCUAGACCGGAAAGUUUUCCCCAACCAACUGUUGCAAGUAUGCUAUUUCCUGAUACUUCUCAGUUUCCUCAAUCACCUCCGUUUAAUACAACACAAAUUGGACAGCUAAAUCAGUAUCAAACAUAUGAUCCUGGUAGUUUUGCAACUACACCAGUGAAUGUGAACCCUGUAAUUCCUCAAUUUUCCGCAGAAAGUUCCAUUCCAUAUCCACAAUACGAUAAUCCUCCUCAAUUCGUGCAGCCGAAUCAUUAUCCAACGGCGGAUAUAGCCAAUAGUCAAUAUCAAUACCAAGCAGCAAGUGUAGGACAAUUACAGGACUCACAGAUGUUUAUACAAAGUUUACAGAGUUCUAUCGCUGUAACAGAUCAAUAUGCUGCUCCAAAUUACGCUAGAACAGUCAGAGCAGAAUUAAUACCACGAUUGAGGAGGCCACCAAGAUUCAACAAGUAAAAAUGAUUUUUUACAUAUAUAUAUAUAUAUAUAUAUAUAUAUAUAUAAAAGAAUGAAAAUUUGUCACAAAUAUAAGAAGAGUAAAAUGAAAAAUAAAUUUAAAUAAAAUGAUAUAAAAAGACAUAAAGUCAUGAAAUAUGAUAAUAUUUCAAUAAAAAUAAAAUAUUCACGUGUAUCUUAUGCAUUGUUGCGAAAAUUAGGAACUAAUUUGCCAAUCUACUUAGUCGAUAUGUUAUAUGGAGGAGAUUUGGUAAAAAUUAUUUCAAUUUUUGAUCCAUUUUGAAAUAAAUUUUAACCAGUCUAUACGAAUUGAUGUGUAUUACGAAUUGUAUGUAAAUGAUAACUGGUAUUUUGGCAAAAAUAUAUAUAGAUACACGGUUAAUGACCAUCAUUAAUAAUCAUUCGAAAAAAUUCUGCCUGAAAUGAUUUUACACAUAUAUAUAUACAUACAAAAAAAAAAACAUUAGGAAGUGACAAGAAAAAAAAAUCAUUUUGACUUGUUUCUAUCAUUAAAUGUGACACGGCAGGGCAUAGUGAGUUGAGCUCGAUUAUAAUUUUAUGACGUAAUUUAUCUAAUAUCAUUGAAUUUGAGAGAACGAAUGAACGAGUGAGCGAAUGAACGAACGAGCGAACGAGCGAGCGAGAGAGAGAGAAAGGAAAGAAAAAAAAAAGAGGCAAUUGCAACCAGUUUGUUAAAUUGUACAUAAAUUAUGACUAUCGAUAAGAAUAGUUUCAUUUCUAUAAAUAUAUAGUAUUUGCGAAAAUGAUUCUGGACAAAUUUGUUUUCGUCAAGAUUGAUUAGUGAAAGCAAAUUUGUUAGUUAGUGGAGCAGAAUUCAUAAUCAUGUUCCACGUAAAAAUCCAUAGGAAAAAAAAAAAAUUUAUGAAAUAGAAGGAAGAGAAAAAGAAAAAAAGCAAAAUUAUGAUUAUAAUAAUGAUAAGUCUUAGUUUUAAUGAAUGGUAUCCUACAAGCUAUACUUUGCAUAGAAUUAGUGGAGGUUUUCCAAUAUUUGCAUAUUACUUAGCUUAUUGCUAUGUUUUUAAUGUGCUUCACUAUUUAUAUAUGAAAUGACGGUGUAACGAUGUUCAUUGCAAUGCGAUUAUAUAUAAAAACAACUCCUUUGUAGAAGAAAAUAAAAAAAUGUGAGAUGUUUGAAAAUUAAAUAAUAAAAUAAACAAAAUUUUUAGUCUUUCGAAUAAUUCGCUUAAUUUGAACAUCGUAUCUCCAUCAAACGUAUGCACAGUGCAAACGUAGCUUUCGGCGAUCCGAGUAUAUCCGAGGGUGAUCGCGAUAAAGUAACGAUAUAAUCUUUCAGUGGUGUAUGUUUUUUCUUUAGUAUGGUAGCUCAUAAACUCAUAAGCAUCACAUAUUAAUACGCAUAAGGUUAAUCGUUAAGAGAAAUCCUCAUUAAAUACGCAUCUCGUAUUAAACAAAACUAUAUAUAUACUCGUGUGUAUUAAAUUUUUGAAUUGCUAAUGUGCGUUAACGUCACCGAAUAAGACAUUUAUACUAAGAAGAGAAGAAUAAUAUUGCGUAUGGACGUAUCUAGCGUCAAGAGGAUAUGAUGAAUUGAAAAAAAAAAAUGGAAAAGAAAAAAAGUUAAGGUAAGAUGGAAAAAAAAAGUGAAAUGAAGUAUAGAAAGAAAAGAUACAUUGCAUAAUAAUGCAAUUUUUAAUCAUGGAUCAUCAUCCUGUUUGUGAAUGACAUAAUUACGAAAAAAUGUAAUUUUUCCGUGACGAUCGAGAAAAUAAGUGCGAGAAAAUAUUCGUUGUAAAAUCAAUCGACGAAUACUACGAAUUUUUCGUCGAAUCUUGCGUUAAUUAAUAUUUCCGCCUAAAGAAAUCUGUGUGUGCAUACGCAAUUUCGUCCAGCGAUGAUUUUUUUAUUCUCGCUUCCUUCAAUGAAUCAUUAAUAGCCUAGUAGCAUUAGAUAGAUAUGUAUUUUAUCUAUUUUUAUUUUUUGAAAAUUUAGAAAACGAAUUUAUUCAUAUUGUUUUCUUUUUCGCAUUGAAAAGCAACUUGUUUGGACUUCUGGACGUUGUUUACAGAUAUAUAUUCUCAUAUGAGAUUUUUGAAUAUCUCUUCAGUAGUCUAUAUAAAAUAUACAUUGUAGUUCGUAUACAUUGUAAUAUAAUAUUUGCAUAUAUUGCAAUCAUUAACGAAUUGUUAUAUCAUCUUUAUUAUCUACGAAUAUAUAUCUGGAAAUUUGUCUGUAAGCUUGAAUAAGUCUGAAAGUUCAGUGUUCAUUUAACUUAUACUGAUAUUAUUAUUGUUACUUUUCGAACAAUCGAGUAUUCUAAUAGGAUCGAAAGCGAACGUAACAUGCAAAUAAAAUGUGAAAUUUUACAUGUAAAAAUUUCACGUAUGAAAUGGUGUAUGCAUACUAUAUUAAAUCAUCGACUCGAUAUAGUGGUGCAAUAACAAGCUGAUGGAUAAUCGCGCAUAACUACGAUAUCUUGCCCCGCAUCUGACAUAAAUAUAUCGAUAGUACAAAAAAGAGUUCAUUUUCUGUAAGUAUAAUUCGUGGGCCAGGGUAACAUGGAAAUGCGUGAUGCUGAAUGAGAGAGAGAGCGAAAGAGAAAUUAGAGAAAGCGAGUGAAUGAGCAAAACGAUAAAUGUGCCUCAACACGAGUAUUAGGAGGAGAUAAAGGAAAUUAAUGAAACUACCCUAAGGUGUGGAUGUUUCAAAAAAUCGCGACAUGAUUUCUUGGUUGGAGCAUAUUUCAUACAUUUGGAAAAUAGGCAUUACUUACAUGCAAAGUAUAGAAUGUGUAUGCGUAUAAACGGAAGUACAUUGCUAGGUUGAUAUUGCAAUCAAUUAUUUCUUUAAUGAUACAAAAAUACGAUAAAAAGAGAGAAAAAACGAGGAAAGCGUUGUAGAAAGAAUAGAACAGAGCGAUUUGAUUUGUGGAUCAUGAUCAUUGAAUCUAACUAAAUUCUUUUCGAGCAAAUGUAACAGUUGUGUUUGAUCAUGAUACAAAACGCUUAAUUGCUAUUACGGGUGAUGCUAAUUGUUUUCUGUAAUUAUAUUUAUUUUUUUAGAUUUUAUGGAAUUAGAAAAUUCAUCGUAUAUUUUGUUUCGACGAUCGAUUCCGUUUUGCAUAGAAUAUUUUCGAAUUUUUUUUUUUUUUUUUUUAAUAAUUAUAAAAUGCUAUUUUGCAUGUUGAAAGUUCGACUAGUUUCACGUUUAUCUUCUACGUGUAAGUAGUUUUUUGUGCCAAUCAAAAUGAAUUCGUUGCGAAUGGCAAAACGGAUACGAUACCAAACAGCGUUUUAUCGCUGAAAGGCGUCGACAAAAAGUUGUUGAAACUCGCCAAUUUGUAAGGGAACAUAUCAACGCAUAUGUAAAAUUAGAAGAAAAUAAUCUGUUGAAUUGGAAAAAUAAUCUUCUCUUUUAACGAGAAAUUUUAUAUAAUUUUUUUUUAUUAGAAAUGAUUCAAAUUGACAAUGAUACGAUCUUUUGGUUCAUCCUUUUUGGUUCAGAAGAAACUUAAUUUUUUUAUAUUUUUCUUUUCUUUUUUUUUAUUUUAUUUAUUUUUUUUAUUUUUAUUGUGAUUUGCUGUUUAUUUUUGCUUUAUUGAAAAAUAUAUAUAAUAUUAGAUAUAAUAUUUUGAUCAAAAAAAGUAAACACAGUAAGAUUCUUCAAAUUUUACAAUGGUAUAUGUACCCUUAAAAUAAGAUGAAUAGUGUUUCUGAACCGUUGAUCAUAAUCGAAAUGCCUCGUUGAUUAUUCUCAAUUUUGCUUUAAGUUUUCGAUUGCGAAUACCAGGAAAAUCUUCGAGAGCGUUAAGAUUGAAUCGAUUCAUCGAUUGAAAUCGUUAAUCGACGCGAUUAGUUUGCUUUUUAAAAAAAUUAAUCGACUUGAUUAACUGCUUCAAAAAAUAAAAGAUAAAAAAAAAUAACAAAGCGUCGAUUUAUCGUACCUUUAUACUAUUAAUAUUCUCUUAUUUAAGGGGAGGGGACGAUAAUAUCGAGCAAAAAAAAAAAAAAAAGGAAAAAAAUAGUAAACAA